CAGGCGGCCGUGGCUGCCAGCGCGUCCCCAGCGCCCAGCGCCGCAGGAGAGCCGAGAGCCCUGCGGUCCAGGCACCAGGGGAGCCCUUUGAUCUCACGGCCCCUCCCCAGGCCAAGCCCUCCAGAGCCCCAAAGCCUCAGAGACUGACAGCUGCUGGAACAGCCACACUGCUCAGCUGGCCCUUCAGUCUCCAUGGAGGCCGGGAAGGGAGCCCUGCGGAGCCCUUCAGCUGAAAACAGAUGGCAGCUUAGUGAACCUGAGCAGGGCCGAGGCCGCAAGCCGGUGCUGCUGGAGAAAACAAACCACCUGGGCUCUGAGGCAGCCCCGGACAGUGGUGGCCAGGAUGAGGCCUGUGCGGAGAUGGUGCUGUCAGCAGCCCCAGGCAAGCCCAGGCUGGGAAAGCUGAUGCCCCGGAAGGCUUUCUGGGAACAGGGGCAGAGCGCCUUCACGGAGGUGCCUCAGCUCAAGAAGAGGCUGGGGGGCGGGCAGGCCCGGGAGAAGGAACACAGUGGCCCUGCAGGCCAGCCUGAUCUCCAGCAGCUGACCCAGGACGUCCCCAGGGACCCAGCCGGCAGCACCUUCUCUUCGUGGCCCAGUGGGGCUCGAGGGGAGCAGAGAAGCGCCUUCAGCAAGCCGGCCAGGUGUCCGACAGGGAGACAGGGGCCAGCCUCUGUCUUCCGGGCAGGCGGAUGUGCAGACACCCUGGGGGAGCUGUUGGGACUCAUCAACACAGUAGAUGUCACUUGCUGGGGUCGACUUUCCAAUUCCAAGCUUUUGGUGGGUGAUUUCUGGAACCUGCAAACUGUGCCACAAAAUGCUCCUCUCUGUGGCACUUUCCUGGGUGCUCCCACACUGUGGCUCAAGCACACCACUGCCCAGAUGCCCACACCCUCGUCCUCUUCCUCCACAGCCUCCUGGGCCCUGCUGCCACCCACCUUCACCUCCCUGGGCCUGUCCACCCAGAACUGGUGCGCCAAGUGCAACCUCUCCUUUCGCCUGACCUCUGACCUGGUCUUCCACAUGCGGUCCCACCAUAAAAAGGAGCAAGCGGGGCCUGACCUACAUUCUAAGAAGCUGAGAGAAGAGGCCCUCACAUGCCCCAUUUGCCACGAGUACUUCCGGGAGCGCCACCAUCUCUCCAGGCACAUGACUUCUCACAGUUAGCAGGUGGUUUGGGACAAACCUCUAGAUGCGAUGUCAGGCACUUGGCCAUGAGGCAGAGAUGGCUCACAGAGCCUUCCUUUGAAAAGGCUGGUUACAGUUGUCCUCAGGGCUGUCUCCUUGGGCAUUUGAGUAUGAACCACUCAGUCAUAAUUUGAAAAAUACCACCAGCCACCGUGAUGUGUUUUAAAGGAUAUAAAGUCAUGAAAUGAUGCAUUUUGCUAAUUGCAGGGUGUGGUGUCGAAUAGGCACAAAAGUAUUUCUGAUGUGCUCUGAAGAGGGAACGCUGCUUCUGUCACCAUCUUUUUGCUCCACGUGGAAGCAUAUUAGACUCCAGCAUGGGCUUUGGAGGCAGACAGACCUGGAUUGGAGUCUUGGCCCUUUCACAUACUAGCCCUGACCUUGGACAAAUUAUUCUGAGUACAGCUUUUGUAUCUGUAAAAUGGAAAUGAUGACACAUGUGUCUAAAGGAUGUUGUCAGGGUUUGGAGGAAGAUAAGUGGGAAAUGGCCAGCACGUGCCUGGUAGUGUCAUUGCUGAGUAAAUGGUACUUAUAAUCAUGGUC